UUUCACAUUUGCCUUUACUCAUUCAUACUUUCUCUUCUCUAGUUUUUCAACAAAAAAUACAAAUCACUCAAAAUGGCAGGCCGUCAGGAAAUCAGCCACAAGGCCGGUGAGGUCGUUGGCCAAGCUCAGAUGAAGAAGGAUGAGGUCUUGAACCAAGCGUCCCACGACAACGCUUCAUCUACGCAUGAUCAAUCUGCCCAAAAUGCCUCUGAUCUUAAGGGCCAAGCUGCAAAUUUCCUCCAACAGACUGGAGAGCAAGUGAAGAACAUGGCACAGGGAGCGGCUGAGGCUGUGAAGAACACACUUGGGAUGAACACAGAUAGCCCAAACAGCCCAAGCAACAACCCUUCCAACACAAACACAGCCAGCACCAACAGUCCUUCCAACACAAACACAGCCAGCACCAACCACCCUUCCAAUCCAUCCACUAGAAUUUGAAGAGAAAAAAAAUGAAGAAUUAAUUACUUCAUUUUUCAAAUAAUUUCUACUCAUUUAAGUUUCUUUUUAUUUUUGGUUUUUUUUUAUUUGCUUCUUUCAUAUUGCAAGAGUAAUGAGUGUGCAAAUGAAAGAUGGAUUAUUUAUGUAUAAUAAUUAAAGGAAGAGUGUGAUGUAUGGAUCCCCUUCCUUUUUCAUAAUUGAAUUUCAAGUUUUGUUUGACUAAAACA